AUGAUUUCUCAUAUUUGGCUUCUUCUCUUUGCGUUCUUCCUGGGUACUAUUGUCGAUGGACGCUCGUCUAUAGUCGUUGGCACGAAGAGAAAUGAUUGUACCCUUCCCAGUCUGACCGAUGCGACGUUUGAUCAGCUCCAUGGUGGCUUGGAGAAUGGGUGCUUCACGAGUGUGGAUUUGGUCAAUGCGUACAUUCAACGAAUCAACGACGUGAACUCCACCCUCCACGCAGUUCUGGAAGUAAACCCCGACGCCCUGAAAAUUGCCGAGCAGUUGGAUCAGGAGAGAGAGGGGGGUCAUCUCCGUGGACCUCUUCAUGGGCUACCGGUUCUCGUGAAAGAUAAUAUCGGAACGCGUGAUAAGAUGCAGACGGCUGCUGGCUCGUACGCUCUUGUGGGAGCUGAAUUGGAUGACGAUUCCACCGUCGUAGCUCGACUACGUGACCACGGACUGAUCAUUCUUGGGAAGACCAGCUUGUCGGAGUGGGCGAAUGUCCGGUCGAUGAAUUCCUCUAACGGGUGGAACGCGCGUGGCGGUCAGACAUAUGCAGCUUAUCAUCCCAAGCAGGAUCCCAAUGGGAGCUCGAGUGGGAGUGCCGUGGCUACUGAUUUGGCAUUGGCCUUUGCAGCACUGGGGACGGAGACUAGCGGGAGUAUUCUCCUUCCAAGUGAAGUGAGCAAUAUCGUGGGCAUCAAGCCCACAGUCGGUUUGACCUCUCGCCGUCUGGUCAUCCCCGUCAGUCCCCGUCAAGAUACGGUCGGACCCAUGGCGAGGACCGUGAAAGACGCCGCGUUGUUACUGCAGGCUAUGACCGGACCAGACCCCUAUGACAAUUAUACCCUGGCCUCGCCAUACGGAUCCUCUCCUCCCGAUUAUGUCGCCGCCUGCCAGCUCUCCGGUCUACAGGGAAAGCGAAUCGGCAUCCCUCAGAACGUCCUAAGCACUCUAACCGGAAGCUUUACACCCAUGGCCACGGCCUUCAAGGCCGCAGUGUCAGUGAUGGCCCAAGCCGGCGCCGUCAUUGUUCGCGACACCAACUUCACCGCAUACGAGGAAUACAUCACGGACAGAAACACGACGCUAGCCGUCAUGGCCAUCGACUUCAUCUCCAGUAUCUCCGACUACCUCAACGACAAUCUCACCACAAACCCACACAACCUCCACAACCUCUCCGACAUCCGCAGCUUCACCCAGCAGGAUCCCCUCGAAGAAUAUCCCUCCCGCGAUACCCAAGUCUGGGACCUCGCCAUCUCCACCGGCCUCUCAAACACAUCGCCUGAAUUCUGGGCCAUGUAUCAAAAAAGCCUCUACUACGGUGGCGAAGGCGGCUUGCUCGGCGCUCUGUCCCGUCACCAGCUUGAUGCCAUCAUCCUGCCCACGGGCAUCGCAGCCGAUAUUCCGGCUCUAGUCGGUGCGCCGGCCAUUACGGUCCCGAUGGGUGCGUUUCCGAAUUCGUCGGCAAUCGAGCAUAAUGAUCGGGGUGACAUGGUAUUUAUUGCGCCGGGGAUCCCGUUCGGAAUCAGCUUCUUGGGUAAGAAGUGGAGUGAGAAGGAGUUAGUUGGGAUGGCGUAUGCAUUUGAACAGAGGACGCUGGUUAGGAAGACUUUGAAGAGGGUGGUUGAGCCGAGAGCUGAGCUGAGGGACGUUGUCGAUGAUAGAGAGGAUGAGGAUGAUGAUCAUGAGGCUGGGGAGUGUGGUUUGUGA